AUGGAGGUGGGCGACCUGCACAAGGUGUGGGAGAUCCGGGCGCUCAAGCGGAAGCCCGAGGAGCCCACCGCGCGCGCGCUCCUCGACCGCGUCGCCAAGCAGGUCCAGCCCAUCAUGCGCCGCCGCAAGUGGCGCGUCAAGGUCCUCUCCGAGUUCUCGCCGAAGAACCCGAGGCUGCUGGGGCUCAACGUCAACCGGGGCGCCGAGGUGAAGCUGCGGCUCCGGCGCGACGGCCGCGACCUCGACUUCAUCCCCUACGAGGAGGUGCUCGACACCAUGCUCCACGAGCUCGCGCACAACGCGCGCGGGCCCCACGACGCGCAGUUCUACAAGCUCUGGGACGAACUCCGCAAGGAGUGUGAAGAACUUGUUGCAAAGGGUAUCACGGGGCCAGGACAAGGGUUUGAUGGUACAGGCAGGCGAUUAGGUGGAUUUUCAAUACAUCCACCACCACCAUCUCUCCGACAAGCUACACUAACUGCAGCACAGAAACGGGCAAGGAAUGGGGCUCUAUUGCCGUCCGGCCCAAGAAAGUUGGGUGGAAAUAAUGCCAUCAUGAGUGCUCUUAGUCCAGUACAAGCUGCUGCCAUGGCUGCUGAAAGGAGGAUGCAGGAUGACUUGUGGUGCGGAUCACAUAAUGAUUCUGGUAUCGAUGAUUCAGAAGAUGUUGUUAUUCUUGAGCAACCACCUAACUUGACAACAAGGGAUGGAAAAAACACAAAGCGUGCAAAAAACACAAGGUGUGAUUCUUCUAGUAGUUCUGCAGAACCCAGCACUUCAUCUGUAUCUCAAGUUCCAGCACGAGCUGAUUCCUCUUCUGGUAGAACGACUGAUGCGGACUUUAGUUCUAUGUGGGAGUGUAGUGCUUGCACUCUUCUUAAUCAGCCUCUGGCACCAAUUUGUGAAGUUUGUGGGACAGCGAAACCUAAAAUUGCAAAAGCCAAGUACGCAUCUUGGUCCUGUAAGUUCUGCACUCUGGAGAACUGCACUAAGCUUGAUAAAUGUUCGGCAUGCGAUCAAUGGAGGUACUCAUAUGGACCACCUGUAGCCACAUAUGGUCCAAGCUACGAUUGA